CUCUUUUCUUCGAAACGUCUCUCUCUCUCUCUCUUUUUUUCUUUGUAUCUCUUUAUUUCCUUUUCCAAGUCAUUGAGAACCAUUCAUCGGCUUAAAUAACCCUUCAAUAUAAUAUAUCUAAAAUGAUUAUCAACGAAUACCGUAUCAUUAACAACUGUACUGAAUCAGAAUAUCAAAUCGCUCAAUUAUAUGCUACUGCUAUGGCCUCAAAGAACUCCACGGGUGGAGGUGAAGGUGUUGAAGUGUUGAAAAAUGAGCCUUACGAAAAGGGGGAUGAAAAGGGUCAAUAUACACACAAAAUCUAUCGUUUGGCAUCCCGUGUACCCUCAUUUGUUCGUCAUAUUGCACCCGCAGGCGCGCUUGAUUUAUAUGAAGAGGCUUGGAAUGCUUAUCCUUAUUGUAAAACUGUUUUGAAGAAUGGCUUCAUGAAGGACAAUUUCUCUAUUGUAUAUGAAACUCUUCAUGUGGAUGGUUCACGUGGUGAGCUUGAAAACGCCUUGAAGAUCAGUAAAGAAGAUCUCAAAAAGAGAAAUGUAAUUUUUAUUGAUGUCGCCCACGACAAAAUCAACCCUAAAGACUAUAAAAAGGAUGAAGAUCCCAAACUCUACCACUCAGAAAAGACUGGACGUGGUCCGUUAACAGACAAAGAUUGGCAGAAGAAAUGUGAACCUGUAAUGACAUGUUACAAGUUGGUCUAUAUUGAAUUUAAAUGGUUUGGCCUUCAAAACAAGACAGAAUCCUUCAUCGCAAAGACAGUUCAUAAUCUAUUCACUAUGUUCCACAGACAACUUUUCUGCUGGACUGAUAAGUGGUAUGGUUUGACUAUCGAUGAUAUUAGAGAGAUUGAAGAGCAAACAAAGAAAGAUUUGGAUGCAAAGAGAAAUCAAGGAACCUCUCCUCUUGCUGAAUAAGAUUAGAAUAAGCGGAUGUACAUAGUGGUUUAUUCCUGAAGAUCGCGACUCGUCUUAAACAUAUUCAACAUUAUCACUUGGAACAAAAUUCCGAGUACAUCGUCUUCCCAAAUUACCUA